UUGGCACCGACUGCCUCCGUUCGCGUUUCCCCCCUUUGUCUUGGGGCACUCACCUUUGGCGACCAGCUACAGGAUCUUUACGGACAGAUCACCAAGGAAGAAGCUUUCAAGAUUCUGGAUGAAUUCUACUCUUGUGGAGGCAACUUCAUAGACACAGCCAGCGCCUAUCAGCGCGGCCAGUCGGAAGAGUGGCUCGGUGAAUGGAUGGCCUCCCGCGGGAAUCGAGACGACAUCGUUCUGGCAACCAAGUACUCGACCGGGUACAAGCUUCACCAAAAGGACCGUCUUCAGGUCAACUACGGUGGCAAUGGCACCAAGAGUAUGCGGCUCGCCCUCGAGGACUCUCUGAAGAAACUGCAAACCAACUACGUCGAUGUCUUCUACCUCCACUGGUGGGACUUCACCGCUACUAUCGAGGAGGUCAUGCAGUCUUUGAACGAUCUGGUGGCGUCUGGGAAGGUCAUCUAUCUGGGAAUAUCCGAUGCGCCUGCCUGGGUUGUCACGAAGGCGAAUCAGUACGCACGCAUGGCUGGACUGCGUCAGUUCGUCGUGUACCAAGGCAUGUGGAGCGCGGCGUUGCGGGACUUUGAGCGAGACAUCGUUCCCAUGUGCGCGAGCGAGGGCAUGGGCAUCGCGCCGUAUGGCGUGUUGAAUCAAGGGAGGUUCCAGACCGAGGAGGGCUGGAGAGAGCGCGAGAAGCCGCACGGAGGACGAAACUACAUUCAGCCAACGGCUCGCGACAGGCAGGUUUCCAAAGUUCUGGAAACUAUGGCUGUGAAGAAGGGCGUGAAGAUACUUGAUGUUGCGCUGGCGUACGUGCGACAAAAGGCUCCGUAUGUCUUUCCCAUCGUUGGCGCUAGGACGGUCGGGCACAUUCGAGGCAGUAUCGCCGGCUUGGAGGUCAGUCUGACCGACGAAGAGAUGGAGCAGGUCGAUAAGUCUUAUGAUUUCGAUCAUGGUUUCCCCCACACAUUUUUGAGUGGCUCAUUGGUCACCGGAGAUCGUCCUUGGGGGGCUACCGGGCCGGGUGACACGUGGCUCACCAAGCAACUGGGAAACAUUGAGUGGGUUGAAGCCCUCAAACCUCUCAAGCCUUAG